GUCAAGUCAAACAAACGUCACUUAGGUAUUUGUAUUAGAAAAUUAUAAUUGAUUUACCAAUUCUUAUUUUUGUUUUACAAUUUAACAACGUUUUAUUACACAUUCCUAAUUACAAGAAAGGUCCACCUAUUACUUUCUUAAGCUAUAUUCGUGGAAUACUUCAUAUGUUAGACAGUAACUUAACAGCGUUGCUUACCGGCUCGUGGAGAACGGACGUGUUCCUCCUGUAAACAUACAUACGGCAAAUCAUUGUAACCAUUUUAAGAUAAUCUCAUAUUAUGUCUGGCGAAGGUUCAAGUUUAGUAAAUGAUAAUAAGAGGGUGGCGUUGAUUACCGGCAUUACCGGCCAGGAUGGUUCGUAUCUAGCGGAGUUUUUAAUAGAGAAAGGCUAUGAGGUGCACGGCAUCCUCCGGCGGUCGUCGUCGUUCAACACGGGCCGGAUACAGCACCUGUACGGCAAGCCGGCGUGUCACACCGGCGGCCGCAUGCAUUUACACUACGGAGACCUCACCGACACUACUUGUCUCAUCAGUAUUAUUACUAAAAUACGUCCAAGAGAGAUUUAUAAUCUGGGAGCGCAGUCCCAUGUCAAAGUAUCGUUUGAGCUAAGUGAGUACACGGCACAAGUGGAUGCCCUCGGCACUCUGAGGUUAUUGGAGGCAGUGAGGGCGGCUGGCCUGGCGAAGGAGACCAGGAUAUACCAGGCAUCUACCUCAGAAUUGUAUGGAAAGGUCAUCGAAGUACCCCAAAAUGAAAAGACUCCUUUCUAUCCCAGAUCACCUUAUGCAUGUGCAAAGCUCUACGGUUACUGGAUAGUGGUGAACUACAGGGAAGCGUACGGCAUGUUCGCAUGCAAUGGCCUUCUCUUCAACCACGAAAGUCCAAGGAGAGGUGAAAACUUCGUGACGAGGAAAAUCACGCGAGGGGUCGCCAAGAUCACACUGGGGCUGAUGGAGUAUUUAGAACUAGGUAACCUGGACAGCAAGAGAGAUUGGGGACACGCCAAGGAUUAUAUUGAGGCCAUGUGGCUGAUGCUCCAGCAGCAGGAGCCGGAGGACUUCGUGGUGGCGACGGGCGAGGCGCACAGCGUCCGCGAGUUCGUGGAGCGAGCCUUCCGCUGCGUCGGCCGCCGCCUGCUCUGGAGGGGCGUCGGCGACCAGGAGACUGGACACGACGCGGACACGGACCAACUACUAGUCAAGAUCAACCCCAAGUACUUCAGGCCUACUGAAGUGGACCUGCUUUUGGGUGACCCAUCGAAAGCCAAAGAGAAGUUAGGCUGGACACCCCGAGUGAGCUUCGACCAGCUAGUUAAAGAUAUGGUGGAAGCCGACCUCGACCUCAUGAAGAGAAACCCAGAGGCGUAGGUCAUAACUGUCCUAUAUAACGCUAUACAAAAAUGAAUUUUACUGGUAUAAGAAUAAGGUAAAAAGUUGUAUAUGAUACCGAUAUAGUCAAGUGUACUAAAGGUCUAUUUUGUCCUGAAGACUGCGAAAUUUUCAUUCUAAACAUAGACAUACAAUUACGUGUUUCUUGAAAAAUCUAGUAUUUUGCCCUUCUAAGGCUUUAUCUUGUCGAGUACCGUCAUUAUAGACACAAUUAUAGAACAAUAGGUUGCGGUCACCGGUGUCCGCUUGGUGUUUGACAGUUUAAUUCGGAAUUGAAGAUGGAUUUUUGACUUGUCUUGAUAACGUCUUGUUAUCCAGACGUUCAUUUGGUAAAGAAAAGUACUGAAUGCAUAUGUAAGGUAUAAUAGGCUCGCUCCCAUUACGUAAGACUUAAUAUAAAUGGCGAAACGAGGGUGUUACGUAAUAUGUGACUGGCUCGUUGGCCGAGUGGUCGCAAGUACGCCUGCCGGGCUAAGGGUCUCAGGUUCGAUUCCCGGGUCGA